AUGUUGGCUUCUCAGUGCCCUGGUGUCAAUGAAGAACGGAUGGUUAGUGUCCGUAAGGAGAGACCUAUUGGCUUCCUACUGAACGGUAGAGACUAUGACUACACACCAGGGCACUGGGGGCCGCAGUCAACUGAUACUGUGUGGCUUCUGUUGGCGAAUGUUCCCCAAUGUGCUGCUGGAGGAUGGUGGGGGAUGCCACAGACCAACAUAGCUACAGACAGAACCAUGGCAAACACAACGGAGGAGAUAUUCAACCGCGAAUUUUAUCGGAGAUAUGAGCAGAUGGAGAGGGUUUUGAUACCGAAGGAGCAAUAUUUCCGGAGAUAUGAGCAGAUGGAGAGGGUUUUGAUACCGAAGGAGCAAUAUUUCCGGAGAUAUGAGCAGGUGGAGAGGGUUUUGAUACCGAAGGAGCAAUAUUUCCGGAGAUAUGAGCAGGUGGAGAGGGUUUUGAUACCGAAGGAGCAAUAUUUCCGGAGAUAUGAGCAGAUGGAGAGGGUUUUGAUACCGAAGGAGCAAUAUUUCCGGAGAUAUGAGCAGGUGGAGAGGGUUUUGAUACCGAAGGAGCAAUAUUUCCGGAGAUAUGAGCAGGUGGAGAGGGUUUUGAUACCGAAGGAGCAAUAUUUCCGGAGAUAUGAGCAGAUGGAGAGGGCUUUGAUACCGAAGGAGCAAUAUUUCCGGAGAUAUGAGCAGAUGGAGAGGGUUUUGAUACCGAAGGAGCAAUAUUUCCAAAUUAUCGAUGAACUGAAGCAAGCAAAGUCCAGCAACAGUACAAAGAGUCGCCAUGAAUACUACCUGCUCACAAGAGCCAUGUUUGGAUGUGAGGCCAAAGUGGACUUGACAUCGUCCUCGCUGCCUGAUGAGGUAAUUCAAAGGGUGCAGUGUGAGGAUGAUCUGUUAACUUUACUCACCACCGGUCAAAACGGAGAGGAACCAGGUCCUGUUCCCAGUGCUGAAUCAGCCGAAGUUUUAUACAGAACGUCCCAGUCCUCCUUCAGUAGUCUCCAACACCCCGGUACCUGUCCGACUUGUAUUAGCCGAGGUUCACGUUGA